AUGUGGAAGCGUCUGAACACUCCAAAGAGUAGUAAUGGUACUACAACACGUCAAUCUAUGAUUAGUGAACCUGUACUUGUCGAGACAACUAUUUUUGAGAAAUCUUAUGGCGCUGCUGGUGGUAUAAAUAUUGAUAUGGAUAUGCCAUCUUCGGAUAGAAAUGCUGCCCCUCCAUCAAGAUCGAUGAGAGAUAAGACUCCAAAAGGAUUACCACUUCUACCAUUUGAAGCAGUUCCUCCUAUCCAAGAUUCUCGUCAGAAUUCCAACAGCUUCAGACCUGUCUCUUCUAUUUACUCACAACCCUCACCAGGUCCCAUGAAUGACCACUUUCCAUAUAAUACAUAUGCGAAACCUAUGACUUCAAAUUCUACAGAAGUCUCUCCUCCAAGCUCUCCGGAGUUUGAUGGGACCCAGCGACGCUCAAAUCGAUAUCAAGACCACGAAGUCUCUCCAAUCGAUGAGGUGCCCGAUAUUUCACAUCUUGGGUUUGGAAAGUCGAAAGGGACCGAUUCCAGGUUGAAGCCACCAUCGAGCAGUAUUCCAACCAUGCGGAAAGAAAAGAGGCGUAAUCAAGUGGCAGUAGCAGCAGGAAAUCUACUGAGCCGAAAGGAUGUAGGUGGAUCAAAGGGUAGAAAUACGGCAGAUGUGAAAUGGGAUCCUUAUUCUGGUGAACAAACCACAAGCGAGAAGGGGAGAUCACAAUCCGUCAAACCAGGAGAAUAUUCGCCACCUCAAUUGCGAAAUGUUAGACAAAUGGGCAAUACAUCAACCAUUAGUGCUGGUGCGCCGAAACCUCAAAAUCAAACAUCUUUCGGAGAGCGUGUUCGCAAAUUGAAGAAUAAUGCGCCGGUAGAAAAACCAGAAUGGAAAGGGGCAACAGGACGUUCAACUAUUGUACCCACGCCGUCAGAUAAUUACAACAUACCUCCACUCAAUAUCCCAAUUCCACCGGGGAGUGAAAAUCGCAUUACAUCAGGCACAAGUACCCCUGUAUCUUCCAUCCGAAGUGCAAAUAGUGAAACGCAGGCGGCACCAACCUUCAUGGAUCUACCCAAUCCAUUACCUAUCAAGGCAGGAUAUUCGCUCAGCGGCCGAAACAGUCCACAAACUUAUAUAGAACCCUCAAUUCAAAACUCCGAACCUAUUCAUGCAAAUUAUCCUACCAAUUUCACCAAUUUCACCACAGAAUCUCCUUCCGCAUAUCAUCCUUCUCAUUCCAAGAACGGCUCCACAGGAACCAUCGAGCGAAAUUUCCGCGAAGCUCUCAAGAACUCUUUUCCUCCUAUCGAUCAAAACGAAUCAUACGUGCAACCUCCUUCUCGAUUUAGUGUUAGCACAAAGGCCACAUCAGAAGCUACUCAAUCUACCAGAGCACCAUCUCUUGAUUUACAAACCGAUAUGCAUCCUCCACUACCCAUUCAAUCCCGCACCAUGACAACCCAAGGUCCUACAUCAAUACUCUCUCGCAAACGUCCCAAGGUCAUCUCUGAUGAUAGCGCAUCUAUUUAUUCCAUUAAAAGCAUUACCCGCAAAGCCAUCAAUUCAAACAGUCCAAUAACAAUCUCCAUGACCUCUACUAUUCCUCGCGAACAUAACCACGCACCGCGCUCCUCUUCCACUCUCACGAAAUCCCUCCCUAAUACCCCCGCCGAAACCGCCUCUUCAGAUCCCAUAUCUAUACUCGAAGCGCGUCUCGAAACUCUCGCACAUCGCCGACAGAAUAUCGAAAAAUCGAUUAAGCAAAUGACAGAACUGAUGCCUGCAGAUACAAUGAUUAUUACAGAAGAAGUCAGGAGGAAGAGAGAGGUGGAAAAGAAACAGAUUGAGGGGUUGAGGGAAGAGGAGGCUGAAAUUAAGAGGGAGGAACAUGAGUGUGGGUUGAAAUUGCAUAGGGCGUGGAAGAGAAAAGAUAAGCAGGCGGGGUAUGAGGAGACGGGGUUGUGGGUUAGGAGGGUCACUGGCUAG